UGCUUUUCCUCCUGCUUAUAAGGAGCUCCUUGGUCAUCUCUUUUCCAUACCAUCCCUUGACUUUGAGUCAUCUUCCUUGACUGCAACAACCAUUCUUUUUUGUUCUCCCUUCCCUUUUGUGGGAUUCACUUUUGUCACACUCUUUCAUUCACAUUUAGAUUCCAACCUACUUCCUGAAAUUAUCAUCCUCCAAAGCCUGUCAAAGUACCUAUUGUCAGUUGUUCUCGUAGUGCAUUUAAAUAAAUAUCCACCAAUGGCAUCCAACUCUCUCAGUUCCUCACGUAGCUCUAGCUCCUCUUGGACUACUAAGGAGAACAAAAAAUUUGAAAAGGCCCUGGCUGUGUAUGAUAAGGACACCCCUGACCGCUGGCAGAAGGUUGCCAAAGCUGUAGGAGGAAAAUCUGCUGAGGAGGUGAAGAGGCACUAUGAGAUCCUUAUAGAGGAUGUCCAGCACAUUGAGGAUGGCAGAGUCCCAUUCCCUAAUUACAGGUCAGGUGGUAACAAUGGCUAAGACAUUGUGUAUGAUCAGUAGAGGUCUUGAAGUAACUAAGGUUCCAGAGUUCCAAUGAAGUUCAAGACGAUCUCAGUGGUUAUCAUACUAUCAUAAGCAGACUGUAAACAAUAGCAUAUUGCAAAAAGUAUCGAACUAGAUCAAGUUCUUCUUUUGUUGUGUUCCUUUCCAUAUAUACACGCACGUGUGCGCGUGCGCUUGUCUUGUUUUUUUUUUUUUUUUUUUUUUUGAGAAAGAGUGCGCUAGCUUGUCUUGUUUAAUUGUGUUAGUAGUCUGGUAUUAAGAAUUCUCUGUAUGAAGCAAGUAUUAUUAUUAAGCAUGUGAAUAAGUUUCCA